CAUUUGCAAUCACGUGAGCGGCUCGGCCACUGCCGGCACCGCCCCGGGACAGCACCGGGGACAUCGGGGACAGCACCGGGACACACCGGGACACACCGGGACACACCGGGACACCGCCAUGGGGCCGCGGGGCCGGCACCACCCUUGGGUGCUGCUGCUGCUGCUGCUGCUGCCGCCCGUGCGAGCCGCGGCCGCCGCUCGCCCCAACUUCGUGCUGGUGCUGGCGGAUGAUUUGGGCUACGGGGACCUGGGCAGCUACGGGCAUCCUUCAUCCGCCACACCGAACCUGGACCGGCUGGCGGCCCGCGGGCUGCGCUUCACCGACUUCUACAGCAGCGCCGCCGUCUGCAGCCCCUCCCGCGCUGCCCUGCUGACCGGCCGGCUCCAGGUGCGCUCCGGGAUCUACCCCGGCGUGUUCGAGCCGGGCUCGCGGGGCGGGCUCCCGCUGGCCGAGGUGACCGUGGCCGAGCUGCUGAAGGCCCGGGGCUACGCCACGGCCAUGGUGGGCAAGUGGCACCUGGGCUACGGCGAGAACGGCUCCUUCCUGCCCGUGCACCAGGGCUUCGAUCACUUCCUGGGCGUGCCCUAUUCCCACGACCAGGGUCCCUGCCAGAACCUGACGUGUUUCCCCCCCCCCGACACCAAAUGUUUUGGGACGUGUGACCAGGGCGUGGUGCCGCUGCCGCUGCUCUGGAACCAGAGCAUCAUCCAGCAGCCCGUCUCCUUCCCCGACCUCGUGCCCCUCUACAACAAAUUCUCCCGGGAUUUCAUCGCCGACUGCGCCCGCAGGGGCCUCCCCUUCCUGCUCUACUACGCUUCCCACCACACCCACUACCCCCAGUUCGCCAGCCGGGCGUUCGCGGGGCGCGCGCGCCGGGGCCCGUUCGGGGACGCGCUGGCCGAGUUCGAUGGCGCCGUGGGACAAUUGCUGCAGGCGCUGCGGGACAGCGGCGUGGAGAACAGCACCAUGGUGCUCGUCACCUCCGACAACGGCCCCUCCACCCUGCGCAUGGCCCGCGGUGGCAGCUCCGGCCACCUCAAGUGUGGCAAGGGCACGACGUACGAGGGUGGCAUGCGGGAGCCAGCCCUGGCCUACUGGCCCGGCAGGAUCGCGCCAGGAGUGACCCACGAGCUGGCCAGCACCCUGGACGUGCUGCCCACGCUGAGCGCCCUGGCCGGCGCCGCCCUGCCCGGGGCCGCCCUGGACGGCUUCGACCUGAGCCCGCUGCUCCUCGGCUCGGGCACGAGCCCCCGCCAGGCCGUGUUCUUCUACCCUCCGUCCCCCGACCCCCUGCUCGGCCCCUUCGCCGUCCGCCUGGGCAAGUACAAGGCUCAUUUCUUCACCCAAGGUUCCUUCCACAGCGGCACCACCCCCGACCCGGCGUGCCAGGGGUUAACGCCGCUCACCCCGCACCUGCCCCCGCUGCUCUUCGACCUGGAGUCGGACCCCGCCGAGAACUACAACCUGCUGCAGGGCCGGCCCGGCCCCGAGCUGCUGCGGGUGCUCAGGGACAUCACCCUGCAGAAGGUGCUGCUGGAGCAGCGCCUGCAGUUCGGGGAGAGCCAGAUCGGGAAGGGGCAGGACCCCUCGCUGCAGCCCUGCUGCGCCCCCGGCUGCAGCCCCAAACCGUCCUGCUGCCGCUGCUCCCCGCAGUGACACCCCCAAAAUCCCUGCUCCCCCCGUCACAAAUCACCCACAGCUCGGGGGGACCCCUUGGAGUGAUGGGGAGAUGGGGUGAAACGGGGUCAGGGGGACCCCAAAUGCGCCGGGAGUGUGAGCAGGGCUGCAGGUGGGACAUUCCAGGUGGGAUUUGGGCAGGAUCUGACCCAUUCCAGGUGGGAAUUUGGGCAGGAUCCUGACCCAUUUCAGGUGUGGUUUUGGAUAGGAUCCUGACCCAUUCCAGGUGAGGCUUUGGAUAGAAUCCUGACCCAUUCCAGGUGGGGAUUUGGGCAGGAUCUGACCCAUUCCAGGUGGGAUCACACUCCAGCUCCUCCUCCAGAGCCAGGACAGCUCCUGAGAGCUGAAGGAUCCCACUGGAGCAGAGGGAAUGUCCCAAAUCCAGGGAUCCCCAUCCCUUGGGAUCGAGGGGGCAGUGGGGUGGGGCAGGAGCUGGUGACACAGGGGACAGCCCAGGUGGCACCUCCAGCAGCUCCACAGGACUCCCAGCUCCAGCUGUUCCCAUUCCUGUCCCUCUCAGUGAUUUUUCCAGGACUGGGACACCUGAGGCUGUGCUGGGGGAACCUGGACUGGAGAAGUUUCUCCCUCUCUCCAUCUCCCCUCCCCUCCCCUCCCUGGCUCCUCAUCUCCCCCCAAUCCAAUCCCAACCCCACCCAUUCUUCCCAAAUUGUCCCAUCCUUGUUUUUCCCUGAAUUGGGCUGAAAAUGUGGAUGAUGGGUGUCCUGAUUUUGGCCACAGGAAUCAUUUUUUGGGAGUGGGGCAUGUCCAGGACCCAAUGUCAUUGCCAGGGGCGAGGCACUGUCACUUCCAUGGACAAGGGCAUUAUUAAAACUGGGUCUUGUCAGGGGUUUUCCAUGUAAAUCACUGCUUUGUCUUAUUAAUAAUGUAAUUAAUUUCUUAUUAAUAUUGCUGAGAGAAUGGUUUGAUUCCUUAUUUCAUGGCUGUUUCCACUAAGUUGUUUUUAACCCCAGUAAAUUGUUUUUAACCCCAGUAAAUUGUUUUUAUCCCCAGUAAAUUGUUUUUAACCCCAAUAAAUUAUUUUUAACC